CUUAAACACUUCACACACUCUUUUCACCUUUACACAAAUUUUGGUAGAGUUUAUACGGAAGUAAGCCACGUUAAACAAUACUGCCAGCCUUACAAUGGAUAGUGGCAACCAAGAUGAAGACACGGAUUUCUUGUUCGAUAUUGUGGUCACUAGCUUGGACCUUUACAAGCCAGUCAACGAACCCGAACAAUUGGAAGCACAAGUCAAGUUCGGUGGUGCCAAUAUAAAAAUCACGUCCAGUCGAAUAAAUGUCCGCGAGUUCGAAAACAACAGAGUGACCGAGCUCACCCUCAGUCCAUCUGCAUUGCGCCAGUCCCUGGAAAGUCAAGGAAUGCAGAUAUCCGCCCGUUACGCAGGCUCAUCCCUGGGCAGUAAUGUGCUGCUCUUUCCGGACACCUUUAUCGAUAAAAUAAGCCCCACGAUGAACGACCUUUUUUUCGAGGAUACGAUAAAUCUAAUGCGCCGAGUUGACUGCAUUGGCACCAUUAGCAUUCGACUAGUACUGAUCGUGAAGUGCACAAAUCUGGACAUCAUUAAGGAACCGCGAAGAUCCAGUUCCCGUCGAUCGUCCCGAAAAUCCUCUGCAGCGGAGGUGGCUCCCAAAAUGGUGCUGCCCAAAGAAAAUUGCCAAGGACUGGGACCGACAUUUAACGCCCAGGACAUCAUGUUUGUCAUCGGGGAUCCCGAUCCUUUGCUCAAGAUUCCACUAGAGCCGUGCUCGGAACUUGCGUUCGAGGAAGGGGAUGUGCGACUGGAUCUGGAUCUACAGCGCUAUAGGAGCUUGGAAAAUCGUCGCGUAGUUUAUCCAGAUGACGACCCCUGUCCCAAGGACAAACCCUCGAUUAGUCAACUAAGGCAGCUGAUACAUCAUUACUCAAGGCUCAUUGGAGUGGUAUCAGAUAAAAUUAACCAGAUGAAUGUGCAUUCAAGCUCGGUGGAUCCCCCAUCAGUGGAUACCCAUGCUCCUAGUUCAAGCACACCCAAGGAGCCAGUAGAAGAUCGCAGAAUACCAGUUCCUAUCAAGGAUGAUACUGACAACGAUAUAAAUCCCAUUCGCUUUUGCCCUUUUUGCUUGUGUUCCAUGUCCUGGCUACCGAAAUAUGCCAACUGCCCCAAUUGCAAUGCAGCACCGCUACCUGUGCUCCAAGAGCAUCACAGCCAUAAACUAACUGCGGAUGAAAUCGUAGAAGAGCUGUUGAAACCAAAACAACAUAAGGAAUCCGACGAGAUUGCCUGUAGGCAGUGCCAAGACCCGAUUAUACAUACCAAGAAAUUAAGGAAAAAGAAGAAACCUGGAUUGGGUGAACCUACUCAAGUCUCUGAAUCUGACUCCGGCGAGGAGUGUCCUCCAUGCCGCUGCACUUGUUCCGCCGAAAAGACUUGCGCCCAUUGCCGCAUUCGCAAAAUGUGCGAGGACGUUUUUAAUGGCGAGAACGAAAAUGCGCAGGAGCAGGAGACGCAUAUAGAGGUGCCACAACCCUGCAAAGGCGAGGAUUUCUGUGUGAUCUCAAACCCCAGUGAUGACCGUCCUUACCUCUCCAGAGUUUUAAACGAGCUUAAGGAUCUGUACCAUCUGCACGACACCAAGAAGCUGUUGGAUAUGCAAAAGCGCUGCGAAUCGCAGACUCUACUGCCAAUCGAAAUUAGACCUUCCAUAAGCCUUAAGCAUGCCCCCAAUGGCUUUGAUCCCCACGUUCCCGGUACCUUGAAUCGCCAGACAGCGGGACACAAAACCUGUUUGCCGGAAACACACUAUGUUCCUCGCCAGCACGGUUGGGAUUGGCCACGUUCCUGGCUGGCCAGGAAGUACGGCUGGAGGCCAGGCGCCAUUCUUCGAGCAGCUGGUCAAGUGAUGCGCUACUUCCUGCUGCACAAGAAGGGUCAGAGGAGAUCCGCCAAACAAGAUGAUCGGGGAUGCAGCGGCCAUCCAAUACUUAAUGUAUGCAAAAAGGACGGAGUGAUCUUAGUUACCCUUCGCGCCCUGGCCACUUCGGAUAUGAAACAGAGACCCAUCACCUUCCGCAUUGUGAAGAGCGAACUGGCGGAGGCACUGCGUCAAAUCAAGCGUGCGUUGAAAGAUCAGGGUUUUAGAAAGUGCACUUGCCACAAAUCCCUGAUGCUGUGCACCUGCCGCGAUGCCUUGGAGAAGUUCGAGCUCAACAAGGCCCUGAAAAAGGAGUGCCAGCGACGAAUCAUGGAACCCUGUCCCGAGCACUUGGUGCUCACCGACACGAGCAUCAGUGACCUCGAGUUUAACCUGGAUGUCACGCCGCCAACGGGAACACCUUGGCCGAUUAGCAAAGCCCUCCCGAACGUGGUGAGCCAUGGCACACAGACUCAGAGGAAAGGGAAACCAUCUAUAGAGCCCAAGUACCCACUUCCCGAUAGUCCCUACUGGAGGGCUUUCGACUGCGCAGCGGCAGACCACUACAUGGGCACUGCCUUCGGGGACAAUCUGGAGACCGUAUUCGAGGAUGGCAUAUUUGGCUAUCGAGGAGGAGGACAGCAUGGAAGAGCUCCCUGUGGGCGGGAUCCGAGGAUUUGGGGAAAGCGUACAGGCGCACCAAUGCCCAUUGGCACCGCUCAUGAUGCCAUCGAUCCUUAUAGGUUCACCCGAAGUGUUUGGAAGACACUGCCAAGAAAUAUUAUUCGCCAAAUGCACACAAAUCGCAAAUUGUAGGACUACUGUUCAUAAUAAA